UCCGGCGGCACUCAGCGUUUCGCCACUCCUCCGCCGCCUCCAUACUCAAUUCUCACCUGAGUUCCUAAAACGGAGCCCGGCGAGAAGUGCUGAAAGGUGCUCCUCCGUAUAAAGCAUCUUCUCGGAUUCCGUCGGGAAUUGAAGGUUCAGAACCUUUGUUCAAAAAGUGCGAUGUUAUUGAUCGCCGGUCCCUGAAAAGCGAUGUCGAAAUUGUGCGGCUAUUUUGUUGAAUUUGUUCUGUUCGCGUUUUUGGUCCGAACGGACGGCGGGGAUUCGCUCUCUGCCGACGGACUGUCUCUGAAGUCCGCCGUGGACGAAGGCGGCGGCGCGGCGUUUUCCGACUGGAACGAGAACGACGCCACGCCGUGUGGAUGGAGUGGCGUAUCCUGCAUGAACGUCUCCGGCUCCUCCGGGGAGCCGCGCGUGGUUGGAAUCUCUGUUGCGGCGAGGAAUCUACGGGGUUACAUUCCGUCGGAGCUCGGAAGUCUCGUCUAUCUCCGGAGACUUAAUCUUCACGGCAACAAUUUCUACGGUUCUAUACCGGAGGCUCUGUUCAACGCCUCCGCGCUGCACAGCAUUUUUCUGUACGAUAACAACCUCUCCGGUCCUCUUCCGUCUUCUAUAUGCAAUCUGCCCCGGCUACAGAAUCUGGACUUAUCGAACAACUCAAUUUCCGGAGCGUUCUCGAAGGACCUCAGGAACUGCCGCCAGCUACAGCGGUUGAUUCUGGCGAAGAACAAACUCUCCGGCGAGAUUCCAGCCGGGGUUUUCCCUGACCUAGCCAAUCUGAUACAGCUCGAUCUAUCAUCCAACUCAUUCCACGGGAAGAUUCCGGAAGACAUUGGUGAACUAAAAUCCCUCUCUGGAACUUUAAAUCUAUCUUUCAAUCAUUUUACUGGAAAAAUCCCCAAAUCCUUAGGCGAUUUACCAUUCACGGUUACCCUUGAUCUUAGGAACAAUAACUUGUUUGGAGAAAUCCCACAAACUGGUUCAAUUUCGAAUCAAGGCUCGAAUGCGUUUCUGAAUAACCCUAUGUUAUGUGGGUUCCCUCUGCAAAACCCUUGCGAAAACGGGUCAGACAAUUCGCAAGGAAACCAUAGAUCAUCACAGGAGAACUCAAGCCCUAAUCCCAAAAAGAGGUUUAGAACAGGAUUUAUCAUACUCAUAUCUCUGGCAAAUGCCGCUACCGUGGCACUCAUAGGACUAGCAAUUGUGUAUCUAUAUUGGAAAAAGAAAGACACUGGAGGCUGUAGCUGCACUUGUACAGAACAAUUUGGAGGAAAUGGGAAGAGAACCCUAUGUGUCUUCCCUUGUGUUAGUAAUUCCCAAGACAACGAUUCGGAAGCUGAGUCUGAAAAGAAUCCUUCCGGCGGUCGUGAUAGUGGAGAUCUGGUGGCCAUUGAUAAAGGGUUCAAUUUCGAGCUCGAUGAAUUGUUGAGAGCUUCCGCAUAUGUGCUGGGGAAGACCGGAAAGGGGAUUGUGUACAAAGUUGUGCUCGGGAAUGGCACGCCAGUAGCGGUCAGGAGGUUAGGGGAAGGAGGGGAGCAGAGGUAUAAGGAAUUCAUUGCAGAAGUUCAAGCCAUUGGGAGGGUGAAACAUCCCAACAUUGUCAAGUUGAGAGCUUACUACUGGGCUCCAGAUGAGAAGCUUCUUAUUAGUGAUUUCAUUUCCAAUGGCAGCUUGGCUUCUGCACUCCACGGGAGAAAUGGGCAGCCAUCCCCAAACCUAACCUGGUCUACCAGGAUGAAGAUUGCCAAAGGUACAGCCAGGGGCUUGGCCUAUCUCCACGAAUGUAGUCCCAGGAAAUUCAUCCAUGGAGCCAUAAAACCCUCCAACAUCCUCUUAGACAGUGACUCCCACCCUUACAUUUCCGAUCUCGGCCUCAACCGCCUGAUCACUAUCACCGGGAGCAGCAACCCUUCGUCCUCCUCCGGCGGCUUCAUGGGAGGAGCCCUACCCUACGCGAAGCCGGCCCAACCGGACCGCCCCAACCACUACCAAGCCCCAGAAGUCCCCAACAACAAGCCCACACACAAGUGGGAUGUUUACUCCUUUGGAGUGGUCUUGCUUGAGUUGCUCACCGGAAAGACCCCGGACCUCUCCCCCUCCACUUCCGCCGGGGCGACCCAUCCCAACCUGGUGGGGUGGGUUAGGAGAGGGUUUGAGGAAGAGAUUCCUCUGUCGGACAUGGUUGACCCCGUGCUGCUUCAGCACGUGGAGGCAAAGAAGGAGGUUUUGGCCGCGUUUCACGUCGCACUCGCGUGUACCGAGGAAGACCCCGAGGCUCGGCCCAGGAUGAAAACCGUGUCGGAAAAUCUUGAGAAGAUAGGAGCAUAAGACGACCAUUGAUGAGUUUCAUGUUCUUUUGGCAACUGUUCAUGUCAUUCUUUACUUUCAUCUGAAAUAUUUUUAAUCCCUUUCUCUUCUUCUAAAGAAAGCCAUCUCUGUGCAGUUAAAAUGCUCCAAAACUCCAAAGUGAUUUUGUAUCCAUUGAUUUAAUGACUAUAAUCCAAAGAAGAAUCUAUAUAGAGUAACCUCAUUUUGUACCACUAACAUUUUAACCAGUGUGUCUCUUGUUAGGUGUUCAUUUAAGGUAGGAGUAAUAUAAAAUCAAUGUGCAAUU